AUGGCCUACCUCGACCUGCGCGAGCUCACCCAGCUCAUACACCUCGCAGACCGCGGCGGCAUCGGUGAAGCCACAGCCAACACCGACUGCGUCGCCGAGCAGCCCGACCAGCUCAUGUUCAUCCAGGGCGACCACCUCGUCCUCCUCCGCGACCUCGGCGAAGUCCUGCUGGCUUCUUGCGAGGGCGUCAUAGGCUGGGCGAGGAGGCGUGAUCUCGCUUCUCUCAAACUCGCUAGCGGUAGCGCCCCUACCUCUCCUUCACCCCCCGCCGCCGAGGAGGUUCUCCCGACCACCAUGCUCACCGCCCCCUCCCCGCCCCCAGCGCACGUGGAACAAUUCCAACAGCCUUUACAAGCGACCAUAGCGGGCCUCGGACUCGAAGGACCCGCCCGCGACGACACUAUCCGCCGGGAUUCCGGUACCUCCGGCCCCUUCGAGCUCGAGACCGACUCGCCCCAGCCGUCGCCUGAUUUGUAUUCAUCGUUUGCGAAAGAGGGCGAGGCUUUCGACUUGCCGCCGAGGCCGCCCAAGUCGAGGUUUCGGCAGUCGCCAUCAGGGAAGGACAAGAUUCGCGGUGGAGACGGUGUGCAGGGAGGGGGGAGUGUGGCGAGUAGUUCGGAGGCGAGUAGCAGUGGGGUUUAUGAAGGAAUUGGAGGGUUCAUGAUGAACGGACGGAAUGGGGGUACCAGCCCAGACGAAGAGAUACCCACCUCUCUCCCCACCCCAACCCCGCACCGCCCAUCCUCAUCAGAAGACUACGAGUCGGACCGUUCCUGGGACAUCUACGGCGACUAUGCACGGGAGAGCAUGUACGGCCCUCUAGGCAACAUUGCGAGGCAUUCGGCGAGGAUGGCGGCUGGGGCGGGGGAGAUGCUUGGUUUGCCGAAGGGGAAGCCGAGGAGGUGGAGCAGCGGAAGUGGGGAUGGGAGUGGCAGCGAGGGAGACGCUGGGGAUGAGGGGACGGCGAGAGGCAGAACGUGGGCUGCUUUGCAAGGUGCUCGAGGGAGGCAAGAAGAGCGGACACCUGAGGGCGAACGAAUUCCCAAAGAUGGGGAGCAAGACACGCCGAAAGGCGACUCUUACCCUUCACCGAUCACACCUGUUUUCGACGACCUGAUCACGCCCUCCGAACCCGACACAUCUAUCACCGCGUCUAUCGACUCGUUCCAUACCGCCGCCAACACCUCUGAAGAGGGGCGGGCUCCCGUCCUCCCAAGCGUAAGCGAGCAAAGUCCAGAGAUGACGAAAUCCUCCAGCGAAGGCAGCCACACCCUCCUCGCCUCGCCUCUCCCUAUAGAAGACGUCCCCAGCUCUUCAGGCCAUUCGUCCCAAUCCGACCAUUUCCCAACUCCCCGCGUGAGCACGACCCCGCGCCAUCCGAAUUUUUCGCCGACGAAAUCUCCUUUCUACUACUCGCCCCACUUUUCACCCAAUCCCAACCCUAAUCCUUCGCCUUCGCCUCACGGCUCCCCUGUCGUCCCCUGGUCCCCCGACUCGCCGUCGUCGCCGCAUAGUAUCGACGCGACGCGUACAGCGCUCGUCAAAUCGCGAGACAGCAAGAAGGACGGCAAGCGGCCCAGGGGUCUGACGUUGGUGGGGAGGAUGGACAAUGACUUACGGGCUGCUACGGGUCCCGUACCGAUCACGUUCUUGGUCAAUGGUGAAGGCUUUCCUAUACCGCCACCUUUGCCGACACCGAGUACGGCCGUCCCUGGCCCGGGGAUGAAUGGUAGAGAAGGGAUCGGACUCGGCUUGCCGGGACACCUAGCUCAGGGGCAGGGGCCAGAGAGGCGGGCGAGCUCGCCGCUGGCUUCACCGACGAAUGUCGAAACACCAACGUUCCCUGCCCACCCAAUGCCUCCGGUAAGAAGCGUCACAGCUCCAAUCACGCCCAUACCCACUCCACAGCCGAAAACGCAGGCGGCAGGGAUCGACAAGGAGCUCGAGUCGCCGACGGCACCUGCGGCUGCGGCAAGACCGAGGUCGAGGAGCUUUUCUUCGUCUGUAGCUAGGACUUUGGGUGUGGGGCGGAAAGCCUCAACGCCGAGCGCUCUUUCCAUCAGCUCUGCGAACGAGCACUCCACUCUCCCUUCACCUCUCCCUCAACAACAACCCCAGUCUGCGACGCUCAAGAAAUCAUUCCUCUCCAAAUCAUCCCUCGCCCCCACCGCUCAAUCGACCCCACCCCACUCGCCCGCGAAAUCCACGCUCUCAAGAGCUUCGGGCAAUAAUGAUUCCGUCCUCUCUCUCCCCCUCCCUCCCCCCUCAGCAACCUCUGCAUCAUUCUCCUUCCCUUCCUCCAAAUCAUCCUCGAAAAGCGCAAGCGCCAGAAAGACGUCUAGACCGUUGCCGAGUCCGGUGAGCCAUAAGGAUUUUUUGGAAGAGACUGUGAAGGCGGAUGGGAUGGAUUUCGAGCUCGUCCAACCGCGGAAACCUCAGGCGCUCUUUAGCCCGACGUCGACGUCUUUUGAUUCGGACCUUACGAGUGCGGUAGGCAGUGGGGAUGAGGGCAAGACUUUGGAGGGGAGUAUACGUUCUGGUACUUCAGCGGGCGGCGGAGGAGGAGCAGGAGCGGGAGGGGGGCUGAAGGUGACGGCAGAGACGGAUGAAUGGGGGUUCUUGAAGGACCGAAGCCCGACGCCAGAGAUUUUCAUGUCGAGGAACGCGCCGGGCGAGUAUAGAGCUAUCGAAGGCAAAUGGUUGUCCAUCAUCAGUACCCCUCUCAACGGCGCCCAGCCGGCAAAGAAGGUCCGUAAAUUCGUCAUCGAGUCUGGCGUACCGAAUUCGCUCAGAGGACGCGUUUGGGCAUGGUUCAUGGCUGGGACGCUGUCGGCAAGGGUACCGGGGUUGUAUGGGGAGUUGUUGGAGCAUGAUAAGGGGUUGGAAGAUGAUCGGAUCGAGCGGGACGUCGUUUCUGCAUACCCGGACCAUUCCAUAUUCGCCGACCCCAACUCGGCAGGCCAACAAGACCUCCGCUCCAUCCUCCGCGCCUACUCCAAUUUCGCCCCCGCAGGCUAUCGCAGAGAAAUGUCGCUCAUAGCCGGGUGUCUCCUCAUCCACUGCGUGGCGGAGGAUUCGUUCUGGCUCCUGAGUGGGCUGGUGAAUUCGGUGUUGAAAGACUUUUAUGGGGAGGGGCAGGUUGGGUUGGGGGUGGAGGCGGAGGUGUUUGCGAAAUUGUUGGGUGAGAAGGAUGGCAAGUUGGCAAAGGCGUUUAGAGAGAUCGGGCUUCAUCCUCGCGAGUAUCUCGACAAAUGGUUCGGCCAGCUCUUCAUCCGCCACCUCCCCUGGCCCACCGUCCUCCGCGUCAUCGACGCCAUCGUAUGCGAAGGUACCCGAUUCCUCCUCAUCGCCUCCCUCACCAUUCUCUCCCUCUCCCGCGACCGCCUCCUCCGCCUGCCGCAGGACCACGAUUCGGUGCUCGAGUAUCUGCAGAAUCUGCCGCAGGAUAGUUUGAUGUUGCCGGAGAACUUUAUGAAGGCGUGUGAGGGGGUGAGGUAUGAGGAGAAGGAGUAUAGGAGGACGAGGGCGGCGGUGGAGAAGGAGUUGAUGCGGUAG